UCUCUCUCCUUGUGUGAGUGGUGAGAUGGGUAUCCCCAUAAGCUGCAACAUCGAACCAUCUGCAACAUUUUGACUCGUUUCUUUUUGUGUUUUUUUCAACAUCUGUCUCUCCUUCACUCGCUCUCUCCUAAUCAAUCUCCCCAACGACCUCUCUUGCCCCACAUUCAUAUCUCUCUCUCCCCCCGGGAAAAAUGGAUAACUUCUUUCCCUUUUCCUCUUCUAACGCAAACUCUGUCCAAGAAUUCGCUAUGGAUGCUAACAACAAUCUCUCGCACAUAACAACGAUGCCUACUUUAUACCAUCAUCAGGCUGAGCCUCAUCACUUGUUGUAUUCCUACCCGGUGGAGCAGAUGGCAGCCGUGAUGAAUCCUCAUCAACUGCUUUACUCAUCCGAUGCUUUUCCUCAGAUCCCGGUUUCGCAACCCGGAAGUGAGUUCUGUUCUUUGGUUAGUAAUCCUAAUCCUUGUUUGAGAACAGAAAGAGGUGGCUUGUUUCUUGAUCCGACGAAGAUGGCCAGGAUCAACAGGAAAAACGCGAUGAUCAGAUCAAGAAACAACUCUAGCCCUAAUUCUAGUCCAGAUGAGGUGGUUGAGUCAAAGAGACAGGUAAUGAUGCUUAACAUGAAAAAUAAUGUGCAGAUCCCUGUGAGAACAGAUCUCUACCCUCACUCCACUUUCGAUAACAAGAAGCUUAGGGUUUUGUGUGUGAAGCUUUUGAAGAACAGCGAUGUUGGGGCACUUGGGAGGAUAGUUCUCCCAAAGAGAGAAGCCGAAGGAAAGCUUCCGAAGUUAUCUGAUAAAGAAGGAAUCGUUUUAGAGAUGAGAGAUGUUUUCUCUUUGCAGUCUUGGUCUUUCAAAUACAAGUUCUGGUCCAAUAACAAGAGCAGAAUGUAUGUCCUCGAAAACACAGGAGAAUUUGUGAGGCAAAAUGGAGUAGAGUCGGGAGAUACUUUAACAAUAUACGAGGACGAAAGCAAGAAUCUCUACUUCGCUGUUACAAAGCCGGGAAGACAAAAUGGAGGAAGAGGAGUUGAGUCGAUGGAAGUGAACGAGAUGAACCACUACGAAGAGAUAAUGUAUGAUUUCAUGCCAGGAGACGAAGAAGAAGCUUCUAUUGCAAUGCUCAUCGGAAAUCUAAACGAUCACUAUCCCAACCCUAACGAUCUCAUGGGCCUCACCGUUGAUCAUCAGCACCAUCAAGCCGCGUCCUCGUUGCCAUCUGUGGAUUAUCCGCACGUGGGUUCACUCGAUGAUCGAGUGAGCUUUGACGACAUUGUGUGGUGAUGUAGUGUGGAAGUUCAUAUAGGUACCCCCUUGUGAAAAUGGGCCUUGGGCUAUACAAAGAAGAGAGAUUGAAAGAAAAGAAGAUAUUAUAUUUCAUCAUCUGAGAUUUACCCCCAUUUGAGAUUCAUAUCCAUAUAUUGUUUUUGU